UCUCUCUCCCUCUCUGCUGAUCACCAAGCUGCUGACCGGGUCAGAAAGCCCUGAUGGAAACCUUCCAGUGCUGAGCAGGCCGAUCCUGCUCCAGGGAGCUUGUCCUUAACUAAUUUUUCUUUGUCCCGGUGGAAAAAAAAAGAGAGAAAGAAGAAAAAAGAAAAACCACAAACUUCCUUUGGAAAUCAGCUUGUAGUCAGGGCCUGGAGCGCACGCCUAGACUCGGCGAGUCAGUAAUCCUGAAGACGCUCGGAGCCACCGGGGUGCACCUGGGCUGCGCCCCUGUGUGCCCCUCUGCCCGUGCCCCCGUCGGGCGUGGGCGUGAGUCCGGAAGUGGCCGCAACCCAGCCAGGACGUUGCUCACAAACCUGUGUAAGCUCUGGCGUUGACAGCUGGAAGGCGUCUGGGGCUGUGGCGGCGCCACUCAUUGUCGCCCCCUCCCCCAUCGUGUUGCCAGACCUGAACCCUCCUUCUCAGUCCUGGAACAGCAUCUACUUCUUUAAGGAAAGCUGACUCCACCCAAUGUCUUCAAUUCCACUGGAAUCAUCCCUCCCAAACCUGAAAGCCCUGUGCCCUUGUUGGUCCCAUCUGGUCACAGCAAGUUAGAGGUAGAAAGAGAAUGACCAGUGGCCCUCCCGUUUACACAAACUGAGAAAGACAUAUGCUACCUAUAGGAUGGGGGAGAACACAGAUGCUAUCUAGCCUCCCCCAAGACUUUCCUGGGGUCCAUUUGCUUUCCACCUCAGUGACUUCCUUCUUCCUGGACCAUUCUCUCUUUUGCAUACCAAGCCUGGUUUAGGCAAGUCGCUGAGGUCAGUAAACUUCUUUAGUUUACCUCAGUUGACUCCCUUCUGACCAUGGAGCACCACAAACCUGAGCAGCCAACCUCUGCUGAAGCCAGGACUACAGAGGCAGUCACCCCUGAAAAUCAUGAGGUUCUGUCAGGACCAGAGGAGCACCCUCAGGACAAGGAUGCUGGAGAUGCUAAUGGGGCGGCUGGAGAACAAGAACCAGCUUUGCUGCCUGCCCAGGGCCUGGAGAACCUCGAGUCCCCUCCACCUGAAGCUGGCUUGAGCCAAGUGGAGCCAGCCCAUGGGACUCAGACUGAGGUAGAGACCGUGGGGGCAUGUCCCACGCCCCAGGGGCUUCCACAAUCCCCCAGGGCCCGACAGCCUGAGCUAGAUUUCUACUGUGUAAAGUGGAUCCCCUGGAAGGAAGAGCGAACACCCAUCAUCACCCAGAGCACAAAUGGCCCUUGCCCUCUCCUUGCCAUCAUGAACAUCCUCUUUCUUCAGUGGAAGGUGAAGCUGCCCCCUCAGAAGGAAGUGAUCACAUCAGAUGAGCUGAUGGCCCAUCUUGGAGACUGUCUCCUGUCCAUCAAGCCCCAGGAGAAGUCAGAGGGACUUCAGCUUAAUUUUCAGCAGAAUGUGGAUGAUGCAAUGACAGUGCUGCCCAAACUGGCUACAGGUCUGGAUGUCAAUGUGCGAUUCACAGGGGUCUCUGAUUUUGAGUAUACACCUGAGUGCAGUGUCUUUGACCUGCUAGGCAUACCUCUGUACCAUGGCUGGCUCGUUGAUCCACAGAGUCCUGAGGCUGUGAGCGCAGUUGGGAAACUGAGUUACAACCAGCUGGUAGAAAAGAUCAUCACUUGCAAGCACUCCAGUGACACCAACCUCGUGACAGAAGGCCUGAUUGCUGAGCAGUUCCUGGAGACCACUGCAGCCCAGCUGACCUACCAUGGACUGUGUGAGCUAACGGCAGCUGCCAAGGAGGGUGAACUGAGCGUCUUUUUCCGAAACAACCACUUUAGCACUAUGACUAAGCACAAGAGCCACCUGUACCUACUGGUCACCGACCAGGGCUUUCUCCAGGAGGAGCAAGUGGUGUGGGAGAGCCUGCAUAACGUGGAUGGAGACAGCUGCUUUUGUGAUUCCGACUUUCACCUGAGUCAUUCCCCGGCCAAGGGCCCUGGAGCAGAAGGUGGGAGUGGCUCCCCUGAAAAGCAGCGGCAGGUAGACCAGGACUACCUGAUUGCCUUGUCACUACAGCAGCAGCAGCCACAAGGCACAUCAGGUCUCAGUGACCUGGAGCUGGCCCAGCAACUUCAGCAAGAGGAGUAUCAGCAGCAGCAAGUGGUCCAGCCUGUGCAGACGCGAGCCCCGUCAUCACAGCUUCCUGAGUCACUUGACUCAUGAGACCCUUUCCAGCACUGCCUGCAACCCACACUUACAGCAUCCCCACAGGUCAUCAACUUCCACGAGGAAACAAAAGAAAAUGAUGAAGACAAGACAGGAUGCCAUCUUUCAUUUGUACUUAUUACCUAAUUGUCAAUAGGCCUGACGGUUACUUUAUCUUAAACUUCACACAUCACCAGUUUUAUAUUGUGAUAGAGAUUGCCCAGUAGCCAUUCUUUUCUUCUUCCAACUCCUGUUACUCCAAAGUUGUAUAAUUGGGGAAAGAAUCACUCAUUAACUGAACGUUCUCGUUGGUGUACUUCUCAUCUAUACCAUUUACAGGAGAUUCAUUUUCAAAGCAUUUGAAUACAGCAUAAUAAAGUACCCUCUACACCAAAGCUAGAUUCCUAGGUGGUACAAAUGGCUUGUGUUCUACUGCUAAUCUAAAGUGAGGUUCAAACCCACCCAGUGGGACCAUGGAAAAAAAGGCCUGAUGAUCUACUCCCUUUAAGGUUACUUCCAAGAAAACCCUAUGGAACAGUUUUACUCUGUAACAUAUGGGGUCACCAUGAGUCGGAAUCAAUUUGACAGCAACUAACAACAAUACACCAAAGCUAUAAUAAACAUAAUUCUGUUUUUUUGAUACUUCAGAAUGCAUUUGG